CACACACCGAGCCUAUUGUCACAAUGUCCACUGGAGAACAGCUGACGUCGUGGCCGGUGUCAGGAGGGAAGAGGACUGAGCACGGGACAGCAAGAGGGGUUGACUUAGCAACACCAAGAGAAACAACAACAAAAUGGUUGUCAACACACAGAGAUCUGUUCUGCUUCUUCUGCUCAGUGUCUUUGGCUUCGGUUUGAGUCUCUCCGCUACGCAAGUGGGUCUAGAGGACAAAGUCCUGGUCUUCCCCUAUGAAACCGACUUCAGCUACGUGGCCCUGAUCCCACAGAAGGAGAUGGCGCUGAAGGCCUUCACCCUGUGCAUGCGUGUUGCCACCGAGCUGCCAGAAGAACGUCAGAUCAUCCUCUUCGCCUACCGCACGGCCGACUACGACGAGCUCAACGUAUGGCGUGAGAAGGACGGCCGCGUCUCCUUCUACAUGAGCGGUGACGGUUCCUUCUUCCACUUGCCACCUCUCACCACCUUCAGGACCAGCCUCUGCCUCACCUGGGAGUCUCGGACCGGCCUCGCUGCCUUCUGGGUAGAGGGUAAACGCAGCACGUACCAGGUCUACAAACCGGGGCACACCAUCCGCCCCAAAGGUACCGUUCUCCUGGGGCAGGACCCAGAUAAGCACCUGGGUGGUUUGGAGGCCGUGCAGAGCUUUGUUGGAGAGGUGACUGACCUGAAUAUGUGGGACUUUGUGCUCUCCAGGAGCAUGAUCCAGGCCUGGCACUAUGGACACAAAGUCCCUAAAGGCAACAUCUUUGACUGGGCCACUAUUGACUAUGAGCUGAGCGGGAACGUCAUGGUGGUCGACGAUGACUGACGUGGACUGGAGUCCCACGCAAGGAGGGAUGAGGCUGUAGAGAUGUGUGUUGGACUGAUACUGAUCUGUCUCAUCGUCUUUCUUAGAUUCAGUGUUGUUUUCUGUUGAGACCCUUUAACUUAAACUUGAACUCAUGAAAACAGGAAUGCUUUGGGACUCCGAAGGCCAAUAUCUAAUCUGAGAUACCACCUUCCUCAAACUUAAAGUUGUAGCACUUUAGUGUUUUAGCAUCAUUGGGCAAAAAUUCUAUAAUUCCCUGCACCUACUUCUUACCUGUGUUUUAGGCUGUAGAAAAUCUACCCUGUGACCAGUGUUGGGAGUAAUGUGUUACAAAAGUAAUGCAUUAUAGUAACUGAUUACUUUUUGCAUAACACAGUAGUG